CGUAGAUCGAAGUGUGUGUGCGAUCUAUCGGGAGGUCAGCGAACGCGCGCUCGGCACGAUGCCGAUCGAGGAGAAAGAUAUGGCGCGCGCUUGAGAAAAGUCGUGGAACAAAGUGGUAGCAAAUCGUUUACGAGUUAUUAAUAAUAAACAAGGACUUUCCAAUCCCAUCGUUUUGAAGGAAGUAACGCGUUAACGUUUCUUAGCGUUCUUUCGAAAGAAAACGAAAAAUAUAACAGUGGCGACGAGUUGAAAAAAAAAAAAGACUUUUUCAGUGCAGUGAAGUUUAGUACGAAAGGCAUUGUUAAAGUGUUCGCGUGUGAAGUGCAUCCUUUACCGGAAAAGAGAGGCAAUUUCAUCGAAGCGGCAUUAAAAUGUUUAAUCCCGAAGGCGAUGCCGAGAUGGAUGAGCAGCGACGUUUGUCUCUGAACGGUGCAAGGGCUCUGAACCCGGGCUUUGUUCAGCCAACGCAAAGUGCACCGAUGCAACCAGCACAACCGCCAUCGCAAAAUCCCGUUGCUUCAUCGGCACAAGCAGGACUGGCCAUGAACGGUUCUGAAACGGGAAUGUUUUUGCAAAUGCUGAAUCUUAUGCAGCAGCAAAUGCAGCAGCAGCAGCAACAGCUAUCUCAGCAGCAACAAAUGAUGGCACACAUGAUGCAACAAACACCACACACGACAGCGCAGCCCCAACAACAAGCCCAGCAGGCUCAACAGUAUGCACAGCAGCCCGCAGCACCAAGGAAUCCAGAGUUGAUUAUGGAUGCUUUGGCAGGAAGCAUCAACGAGUUUCGGUUCGAGGCAGAAUCCGGCGUGACGUUCCCUGCAUGGUAUGCGCGUUACGAGGAUUUGUUCGUGCAAGACGCCUCCCGACUAGAGGAUUCAGCGAAAGUGCGGCUGCUCAUUCGCAAAUUGGGCACAGCGGAACACGCGCGGUACUGCAACUUCAUCCUUCCCCGUGUUCCCCGCGACCUCACGUUCGACGAUACAGUUAGCAAACUGAAGGCCCUAUUUGGAAGCGCGGAGUCCCUACUUAGCAAGCGAUACAAGUGUUUGCAAAUUGUGAAAGCUCAUAACGAAGACCUGAUGACAUUCGCAUGUCGGGUUAAUCGCGCUUGUGUUGAUUUCCAAUUCAGCGCUAUGACCGAGGAGCAGUUCAAAUGCUUAAUGCUUGUUUGUGGGUUGAGAGAGGAAGGCGAUGCUGAAAUCCGCACACGGCUUCUUGCUCGCAUCGAGGACAAGGCAGACCUCACGCUGGAGCAGCUUUCUGCCGAAGCUCAGCGCAUCACAAGCUUGAAGGUGGACAGCGCGAUGAUAGCCACCGAGGGAAACGAGCGAGUUUUCGCUAUGCGCGGUGACUACAAGCAGCGGUACGCGCAGCAGACACAACGCAGCUUCAGCAAACAGCAGCAUCCUCAGCAAGCAGACCGAAGCGCACUAGCAGCGAAACCACCGGGUCCAUGCUGGUUAUGCGGCGAUCAUCAUUGGAUACGAGAUUGUUCGUACCGGUCGCAUAAGUGCGAGGAUUGUGGCAAGUAUGGGCACCGCGAAGGGCAUUGUAACACUGCAGGGCGAAAGAAAAGAAAAAAUAAUUUCUACAAGCGCUCUUCAGUAGCGACAAGGGUAGUUUCCGUUAAUAUUUUUAGCGUACAACAAAACCGGAAAUAUGUGACUAUCCACAUUGGGCAGAAAUCGGCCAGGUUACAGCUCGACACUGGCUCGGACAUUACGAUCAUAGGACGAAAGACCUGGAAACAGCUCGGCAUGCCAACUCUAUCUCCAGCGCAAGUGCACGCGAAAACGGCAACUGGUGCACACAUUCAGCUGGAUGGCGAAUUUGAAGCGGAUAUCACGAUUAACGGAAGGACUGAAACGGCGAUAAUAAGAGUCAUUCCGUCAGAUUUGCAGCUAUUAGGAGCCGAUCUAAUUGAUAUCUUUUCGCUUGCAGCCAUGCCGAUGAACCAGUUUUGCAACAGAAUAGAGAGCGAUUCUGCAAAAUGGGAGAAGCGAUUUCCAGCUGUUUUCCACGGUACAGGUUUAUGCACAAAGGCCAAUAUAAAGCUGCAAUUGAAGGAAAAUGUCCGUCCUAUUUUCUGUCCGAAGCGUCCCGUAGCUUACGCUAUGCAGGCAACAGUCGAGAAGGAGCUAGAUAGGCUACAAGCACUCAAAGUCAUUACGCCAGUUGAUUAUUCCGAGUGGGCCGCGCCGAUUGUCGUCGUUAGAAAGGGGAACGGUAGUAUUCGCAUUUGUGGGGACUACUCCACCGGACUGAAUUCGGCUCUUCGGUCAUAUGAAUACCCAUUACCGCUCCCAGACGAUAUUUUCGCUAAGCUGGCCCAAUGCAGAUUCUUUAGCAAAAUCGACCUUUCAGACGCCUUUUUACAGGUCGAAAUUGAUGCCAGAUACCGACCUUUGCUAACCAUAAAUACACAUCGCGGCUUAUAUUAUUACAAUCGCCUGCCGCCCGGCAUCAAAAUAGCUCCUGCAGCAUUCCAGCAGCUAAUAGACACCAUGCUUGCUGGACUAAAAGGAACAUCCGGAUAUAUGGAUGACGUAAUCGUUGGUGGCAAAACGGAACGCGAGCACGAUGAAAAUCUGCUGAAUCUAUUCCGCCGAAUACAGGAAUUCGGAUUCACUAUCCGUGCAGACAAAUGUGCGUUCAAAAUGCAGCAGAUAGAGUAUCUGGGUUUCAUCGUCGAUAGUCGUGGCCUUAGACCAAACCCAGCAAAAAUCGACAUAAUUCAAAAGCUGCCAACACCAACAAAUAUCAGCGAGGUACGUUCAUUCCUAGGCGCGAUCAACUACUAUGGAAAGUUCGUUUCGAAAAUGCGCGACCUACGAUACCCGCUAGAUAUGCUAUUGAAAGACGAGAGCAAAUUUUUAUGGACUCGGGAAUGUGAUCGAGCCUUCAGCAAAUUUAAGGAAAUUCUCUCGUCCGAUUUACUGCUGACACAUUAUGACCCGAACGCCGAAAUUGUGGUAUCUGCAGAUGCAUCAGCAGUUGGACUUGGUGCAACAAUUAGCCAUAAAUACGCCGAUGGCUCGAUAAAGGUUGUACAACAUGCAUCAAGGGCGCUAACGCAAGCCGAAACAAGGUACAGCCAAAUAGACCGCGAAGGUCUUGCCAUUAUUUUUGCGGUCACUAAGUUCCACAAGAUGCUGUAUGGUCGUCAUUUUUGCCUGCAGACAGACCACCGUCCACUAGUAAGAAUCUUCGGCAGUAAAAAAGGUAUUCCGGUUUACACGGCAAACAGACUGCAACGAUUCGCACUGACCUUGCAGCUGUAUGACUUCAGCAUCGAGUAUGUUCCCACUACUAAGUUCGGUAACGCCGACAUACUAUCGAGACUGAUAAGGGAACAUGCCAAACCGGAACCGGAGUACAUCAUAGCCAGCGCCGAACUCGAGGAGGAUGUAAGUUUUGUAGCAACAAAUUCCAUUAACGCAUUUCCUCUUAAUUUUAGAGACGUUGCCAGAGCUACAAAUACUGACGCAGUCUUGAAGAAGGUUCACCAGUACGUCAUGGAAGGGUGGCCUCGAAACCUGAGCUACGGUGCAGACCUGGCACGCUUUUUCAAUCGAAGCGAAGCCCUUUCUUCGGUUCGAGGAUGCAUUUUGCUCGGGGAGAGGGUAGUGAUCCCUACCAGAUUACGCGAGAAAUGUCUGAAGCAGCUACACGAAGGCCAUCCCGGGAAGCAAAGAAUGAAGGCACUUGCCCGGAGUUAUGUAUACUGGCCUAGCUUGGAUGAGGACAUUUCCGAGUGCGUUAAGACUUGCCAUGCAUGUGCGGUAGCCGCAAAAUCGCCUCCUCAUACGAAACCAUUAUCCUGGCCAGCCACUAAACAGCCUUGGGAAAGAAUUCACAUCGAUUAUGCAGGGCCCAUUAACGGCGAGUUUUAUUUGGUGAUAGUCGACGCAAAUACUAAAUGGCCAGAGGUUAUAAAGGCAAAUUCAACAUCGACCGCUGGAACAAUUGCUAUAUUAAGAGGCGUAUUUGCUCGUUUUGGUUUCCCCAUUACACUUGUGAGCGAUAACGGGCCGCAGUUUUCGAGUACUGCAUUUACCGAUUACUGUUGUAGCAAAGGCAUACAACAUGUUACAAGCCCACCGUUUCAUCCACAGUCGAAUGGGCAAGCAGAACGUUUCGUCGACACCUUUAAACGGUCGGUCAAAAAGAUAGAAGAAGGUGGAGCGUCCCACGGAGAAGCUCUCGAUAUUUUCCUCCAAGCGUACCGAUCAACGCCCAACGCCACUCUCGAAAACCAUCGCUCGCCUGCAGAGGCAAUGUUUAAUCGAAAAAUAAGAACAGCGAUGGAACUGUUAAAGCCUCCGCCGACCACUGAAACGCUGCCUGAGGAACAUGGUCGGGGCUUCAAGAGUGGUGAUUGCGUUUACGCGAAGUGGUAUUCGCGCAACUCUUGGAAAUGGGUUCCCGCGCAGGUUGUUCGCAUUAUAGGGAAUGUGAUAUAUGAGGUUAAGACGGAUGACGGCCGUAUGCAUCGCCGUCACGUAAACCAGCUGCGGAAACGGGACAUCGGCAGUUCAGAGCAAUCAACUAAUCUCGCGGCUCGUACGCAAUUGCCGCUAGAUCUGCUCAUCGAAGGACCAAGAGAUGUCGUGCCAGUUGAGCACCCUACAGUGAUAUCCUCACCGCUGCUACCAUCAUCAUCCGACGGGGUCCGUGGUAUGACCUCCUCACCGCCGUUACCAUCUCCACGACCAGUACCUGUCCAACGAAGAAGACGUCAGCAGCCGGUACAAUCGCCACGCCGGUCCAACAGGUCCAGACGAUUCCCGCGUAGGCUUGAUGGGUACCUGCUGCAAUAAAAAGGGGGAGAUGUUAUGGGCCAACCUGAUGAUCCCGUAGAUCGCUACCGAGGACACUCAUCGGGCGUAGAUCGAAGUGUGUGUGCGAUCUAUCGGGAGGUCAGCGAACGCGCGCUCGGCACGAUGCCGAUCGAGGAGAAAGAUAUGGCGCGCGCUUGAGAAAAGUCGUGGAACAAAGUGGUAGCAAAUCGUUUACGAGUUAUUAAUAAUAAACAAGGACUUUCCAAUCCCAUCGUUUUGAAGGAAGUAACGCGUUAACGUUUCUUA